AUUUUAUAAUCGAUCACCUGGACUCUCAGCCGCUCUGUUAGCUUAUCGGGGGAGUUUACUGGGGGGCAGGUGGGAGUGAGAGGAGGGCGGGGGGUUUCGGUACGAGGAAGAUGAGGAAGAUGAGGACCCUCCUUCGCUUUGUGCAUUGCUGCUGCUGCUUCUUGCUCCUCCUGCCUCCGCCGCUCUGGGUCAGCCUGGCAGCGGCUAAGCAGCUCCUGAAGUACCGGUUGGCAGAGGAGGGACCCGCCGACAUCCGCAUCGGCAACGUGGCUUCCGACCUGGGUAUCGUGACGGGCUCCGGAGAGGUGACAUUCAGCCUGGAGUCGGGCUCCGACUAUCUCAAGAUCGAUAACAUGACCGGGGAGCUGAGCACCACAGAGCGGCGCAUCGACCGCGAAAAGCUGCCGCAGUGCCAGAUGAUCUUCGACGAGAACGAGUGCUUCUUGGACUUCGAGGUGUCGGUCAUCGGCCCCUCGCAGAGCUGGGUAGACCUCUUCGAGGGCCGGGUCAUCAUCCUGGACAUCAACGACAACACCCCCACCUUCCCUUCCCCCGUCCUCACGCUCACCGUGGAGGAGAACCGGCCCGUGGGGACCCUCUACCUGCUGCCCACCGCCACCGACAGGGACUUCGGCCGCAACGGCAUCGAGCGCUACGAGCUGCUGCAGGAGCCCGGCGGGGACGGCGGCCGGCGAGGCGGCGGGGGCGGCUCGGCCGCGGCGGCCCCCGAGAGCGCCCCCUACCCCGGCGGCAGCAAGCGGCGGCAGGAGGCGGAGGCGGCGGCCCGCAGCAGCGUCUUCGAGCUGCAGGUGGCCGACACCCUGGACGGGGAGAAGCAGCCGCAGCUGAUCGUCAAGGGGGCGCUGGACCGAGAGCAGCGGGACUCCUACGAGCUCAGCCUCCGAGUGCGGGACGGCGGCGACCCGGCACGGUCCUCGCAGGCCAUCCUGAGGGUGCUGAUCACCGACGUGAACGACAACAGCCCCCGCUUCGAGAAGAGCGUCUAUGAGGCUGACCUGGCAGAGAACAGCAGCCCCGGGACCCCGAUCCUGCAGCUGCGAGCCACCGACCUGGACGUGGGAGUGAAUGGGCAGAUCGAGUACGUCUUCGGGGCGGCCACUGAGUCCGUCAGGCGCCUACUGCGGCUGGACGAGACCUCGGGCUGGCUCAGCGUCUUGCACCGCAUCGACCGGGAGGAGGUGAACCAGCUUCGCUUCACUGUCAUGGCCCGAGACCGGGGCCAGCCCCCCAAGACAGACAAGGCCACUGUAGUGCUGAACAUCCGGGAUGAAAAUGACAACGUGCCCACCAUCGACAUCCGGAAAAUCGGGCGCAUCCCGCUCCGGGACGGGGUGGCAAGUGUGGCCGAGGAUGUGCUGGUGGACACCCCCAUUGCCUUGGUGCAGGUGUCAGACCGGGACCAAGGAGAAAAUGGUGUGGUGACCUGCACCGUGGUGGGCGAUGUGCCCUUCCAGCUCAAACCAGCCAGUGAGGGUGAAGGGGAGCCACAGAAUAAGCGCAAGUAUUUCCUCCACACUUCGGCCCCUCUGGAUUAUGAAGCUGUCCGUGACUACAAUGUAGUGAUUGUGGCUGUGGACUCAGGCAGCCCCAGCUUGUCCAGCAACAACUCCCUGCUGGUGCGGGUCGGGGACACUAAUGAUAACCCUCCCAUGUUCAGCCAGGCUGUGCUGGAGGUCUCCUUUCCAGAGAACAACUUGCCUGGUGAGAGGGUGGCCACAGUGGUUGCCACAGAUGCGGACAGUGGCAAGAAUGCUGAGAUCACCUAUUCCUUGGAGGCCUCGCCUCUCUCCUCAGAGGCACCGGGCAGCAUCUUCAGUAUUGACCCUGACUCUGGGGAUGUGUCGGUGCAGGCAGUGCUGGACCGCGAGCAACGUGACACCUACGAAUUUCAGGUGACAGCCCGGGACAAGGGGGUGCCAUCACUUCAGGGCUCCACCACAGUGGUGGUGCGAGUGUCGGACCGCAAUGACAAUGAGCCGCGCUUCAUGCAGGAUGUGUUCACCUUCUAUGUGAAAGAAAACCUGCAGCCCAACAGCCCCGUGGGCAUGGUGACUGUGAUGGACUUUGACAAGGGCCGCAAUGCUGAGCUCAGCCUCUCCAUCCAGCCCGGAGACCACGACCAGACAGCUGGCAUCUUUUCCAUCGAGAAUGACACUGGAACCAUUUUCUCCACUGUCUCUUUUGACCGUGAGCAACAGACCAGCUACACCUUUAAGGUGAAGGCAGUGGAUGGGGGUGAGCCACCACGCUCUGCCACAGCCACCGUGUCUCUCUUUGUGAUGGAUGAGAAUGACAAUGCACCCACUGUCACCUUCCCCAGCAACAGCUCCUACACCGUGCUGCCACCCUCCAGCAACAUGCGCACCGUGGUGGCCACAGUAGUCGCCACUGAUGCUGACACCGGUCUCAACGCUGACCUCAACUACAGCAUUGUUGGGGGUAACCCCUUCAAACUCUUUGAAAUAGACCCGGCCAGUGGUGUGGUGUCACUGGUGGGCAAGUUGGCCCCAAAGCACUAUGGCCUGCACCGGCUGGUUGUGCAAGUGAAUGACAGUGGGCAGCCACCCCAGUCCACCACUGCCCUGCUCCACGUCUUUGUCAAUGAGAGCCUGUCCAAUGCUACUGUGGUGGAGAGCCAGGUGGCCCGUAGCCUUCACACCCCACUGGCCCAGGACAUUGCUGGUGAUCCCAGCUAUGAGCUGAGCAAGCAGAGGCUUAGCAUAGUCAUUGGUGUGGUGGCUGGCAUCAUGACCGUCAUCCUUCUUAUCCUGGUGGUGGUCAUGGCCCGCUACUGCCGAUCCAAGGGCAAGCAUGGCUAUGAGGCUGGCAAGAAGGACCACGAGGAUUUCUUCACACCUCAGCAGCACGACAAGGCCAAGAAGCCCAAGAAGGAUAAGAAAGGCAAGAAGGGCAAGCAGCCCCUCUAUAGCAGCAUUGUCACGGUAGAGGCUUCCAAGCCCAACGGGCAGCGCUACGACAGCGUCAACGAGAAGCUCUCGGACAGCCCCGGCAUGGGCCGAUAUCGUUCGGUCAAUGGUGGCCCGGGCAGCCCCGACCUGGCCAGGCAUUACAAGUCGAGCUCACCGCUGCCCACCGUCCAGCUGCACCCACAGUCCCCCACCGCUGGCAAAAAGCACCAGGCUGUGCAGGACCUGCCCCCAGCCAACACCUUCGUGGGCGCUGGCGACAACAUCUCCAUCGGCUCGGACCAUUGCUCCGAGUACAGCUGCCAGGCCAGCAGCAAGUACAGCAAGCAGGUGGAUACAGUGCAGACUACGCAGCACCCUGGCCACAUUGAGGAAUCAUGUAAAAUGAAUCCGUUUCGUAGAGUGACGUUUUCUGUUGUGAGUCAGCCUCAGGACCCGCAUCAAGGGUCAUUGCAGAGUUGCUAUGACAGCGGUCUGGAGGAGUCAGAAACACCAAGCAGUAAGAGUUCAUCAGGGCCAAGACUGGGUGCCCUUCCACUCCCAGAGGACAACUACGAAAGGACUACGCCGGAUGGCAGUGUUGGUGAGGCAGAGCAUAUGGAAAAUGAUUCACGGCCUCUACCAGAUGUAGCCCUAACAGGGAAGUGCACCCGAGAAUGUGAUGAAUAUGGCCACUCAGACUCCUGCUGGAUGCCAGUCCGCACUUCUCCGGAGAGAAAGCAGAAGAGCCAGCCAAAACUCUCCACUUUCAUGCCGGUUGAUGAACGGGGCAGUCAGGAAAAGCUGGCCAAUGGAGAAGCCUCCCUCAUGGGUGAUCGCAACAGAAACCUCCUUAACAAAAAGUUGACCUCAUCCUAUGAGACCUUCAGCGCAGCUAGUUUCAGCAAAAAUGAAGAAGGCAAUCCAGAGGAUAUCCCCCUUACACAGACAGGGGAAUACAAGCCAUCUCCUGUCAAUACUCUAACUAGAAGAGAAGUUUACCUGUAGGCUAAAAAGCAGCAACAAAGUUCUUUCAUAAUAAAAGAAAGAAAUGGGGCAAAAUUCUUAAAAUCACAACAACUUUAAGAAAAAAUGUGAAACAAAAGAAAGGGGGCCACCAAAGAGACAAAAGAUCUGCCUGCCACUUCUGCCUCCAUAGCAGGCAUGUAAUUAUACUGUCUGCCUGACUAUACUGUACAAUGUAGAAAACAUUGUUGUUACUUGCAUGUCUAAUUCCCCCUCGCUGAUUUUUAUUUUCCUAGAUCUAUGGUUGCAAAUUACUCCCAUAGUAGCAAGCUUGAUUAAAAAGAACACAACACACUGUUGUUUCCCCUCUGCAGAAGCAUGAAUUAAGCCACUCAUUUUGUUUGUUUGUCAUCUGGCUUGUUGAGGAUAACAGGUCAGGGAAAAUGUAUUCAAAACAUACCAUCUGAAUAUUGCUGAUCCCCAUCAGGGACAAUCCUUCAGAAACCGUAAAGAUAUAGGAUAAAUAUAAAGGAAUAAUCAUUAAUAGGCACUUUGUGAAGACCACAGCUUUAAUAUUCUCACCUCUCAUCUGAGGCUGGAAGCAACAGAAAUAUAUUCAGCCUGAGACUGCAGUCAAAACCACGGCAUACUUUCCUGUGAUUCAUGAACUCUGGUUCUGUUUUAUCCAUAGAACAAAUGUGUCUUGCUGUGUCUCUUUCUCUCUUUCUCUCUCAUUGUCUGUAAUGAUUAUUUCAAUGUAAACACAAUUACUAACACUUAUACCAUAGGAUAGCAAUGAUAAACUGUUGAAAUCAUUAUUUUGGGCAAGACUAACAUUUAGCUGGAAAGAUUGUAAUAACAAAAAGGCCAAAGAUCACACAAUGGAUCAGGGGAACUGUUAAGUAUUGGGGCUUGACUUAGAAAAUAAAUGUAUUCACAAAAAAACCCACAUGUACUCAUAACACAGCUUCAGUUAAAUUCUACGCAGUAGCACAGUUCACAAGCCCAGAUGACAAAUUUUUUUCCCAGUGUGGUUCAGUUGAAUGCCCAAAGGAACUGAUAUUUUUUUUUUUGUAAUGACAUGAUAUAUUGCAGCACAUGCUGCAUAUGAUAUGCUGCAUAUGCUAGUUCCAGGGAAUUUUUAAGAUCAAAAUUAAAAAAUAAUAGUAGAAGAGAAGGCUGUGUUGGUGGGAAUGCUUGAUGGGAGGGAAAAAGGUGGACAAUGGGAUAAUGCAGUAACAAGAGAACGUUACAACUUGGAUACAAAAGCUUCUAUUCAGAUUGCAAGGCAUGGUUGCUAAGUCUGGUCAUCAAUGUUGCAGCUUAUCAACUGCUUCAAUUAUGUCAAAGAUGAUGAUAAUGAAAGCUUUCUUGAAACCAAGUGCAUUAAAACCAAGCAAAGUGCAAUACUAAAUGAUAUCAAGAUGCAGAACAUUUAGCAUUAGUAAAAAAUGGUCUCAUAAACAGUGGUAUGAUACCUAGGAGGUCAAGAUGACUGAAAAGGAAUCCAAGCUACUGUGAUAUGCAAGAGCUGUAACAAUUAUCAUGGUGAGUGCUUCUUGGAAGGAAGAGGAAAUGAAACAGGGUUUUGUGCAAUAAAAGCAACAAAACAUGCAGAACAUCAACCAAUUGCUCUGUAGUUGAUGUAGUAAUAAUCACAGACCGAGCUCAGACAUUCAGACAAAAGUGACAAUCAAACAACACAGCAAGGACAGCUCAAGGACGGGGAAAGCGUUCAGAUCCCUGGCUGUUGAAUCUGGCGUGAUGGCAUGGCUAGAUGGCUCUCUAGUAACUGUAGUCAAUAAUGUAGCUUUGGGUAGUUUCUUGCUUUGAAGAAUUGCAUAGAAAUAACCUUAAACAGCCUAAGGUAGAGGUUGGUAAAUCCAAACAGCUCAUCACAUUUAUCCUUUGAGUUCACUUCUCCAUUUAGUGGGUUGUGCCAUUACUGGCCUUUUCAUUCUCCUCUCUAAAGUUUACUUUCGUCAAGUAACAUUAGUUUGUGUAUAGCAGUUAUGAGGAAUGGGACUUUUUAGAAAGAAAAUAUUAAAAUCAAAGAUUAAUAAUGAUUGAACAUUUUUAUGUUUAAUUAUUUAAGUAAUAUGGAGAGAUGCAAGCUAGUACUUUGUUAUGAGACUGCAUAUAGCAGUUACUGCUUUGUAUAAUCUGUAAGUACCUGUUUAAAAAUGCUUCUAAAAAUGCUUAUGUAAUGUAAACACAUUUUUCUUGCACGUUUCAACAGGAUACACAAUUGCAUAACAGAAAUGUUCAACCGAACUUCCUUUAAUAAGAUUUUAUUUAAUAUUACACACAAGAAAAUAAAUUAGGUAGCUGGGUUCCAUAUAUUCUUAGACACUUUUUCUACAAGGCUAAUAAUGCAGGUCAUAGUAGACCUCCAGAUUAAAUGGAUCAGCAGUCACUCACCAAUUUUUGCACCACAUAAAACAGUCAUGAAAUAAUUUUCUUGUGUGCAUCUCCUUAGAUCUAAAAUGCGUGUGAAAGAAUUUUUUAAAAUCCUAUCUACUGUAAGUAUUCACAGUAAUUCUUGUGGAACUAGCCACUAUUAAUAUGCUGAUUACUCUUCUGACCUGGCAUGACAUACAAAUAUAUUUUGUGUUUGUAUUUUUCCUCAUUAUUUGAAAUAGGUUAAAUCUGGUGCCACUCCAUAAAUAGAGUGCUUUUGUAUAAAAACAAACAAAUAAAGCUAUAAAAAAUAAUUAGGGUGAAUGCAAAAUAUGCAACUGUGCCUUUUAUACCUAUUAUUAUGGUAAAGUGGUAGUUGGGUUUGGACACUGAGGGGUAAGGGGCUAUUCCCAACUUUUUUGAACCUGUAUAUUUACCUGUGUUUAUUUUCUGAGAAAUUAUAAAUGAUAUAUUUAAAAACAAGCCUUUUGCCAAACUCAGUUAAUGGACCAGUCUUAAGCAUUAUUAACACAAGGCUGUGGUUUAAGUAGGUCUUGAGGAUUUUUUAUUACUAUUUGUGUGGGGUUUGGGGUUGUUUUAAUUUGUUUUUAAUUCUGCUGCCUGGAAAAGUAUGAUCAGUCUAUCUGAUAGUUAUUUAGCAAGGUGUCACCAGUUCAUGUUACCAGGAAAAUUGACAAUUUUUUCAAUUGCUUUUAGCCUUCAUAACAUUUUAGUUGUACAGAGUAGAAAUCAUCUUUUUCUUUCCUUCCAUGGGAAACUCAGAUGAGCUCUGCAUGUAUUUUACAUUAGGACACCUUUAUAGAUUGAUGCGUUAAGAUAUAUCUUUAUAUGUAUUAGAAAGUUCGAUAGCUUUGGUCUAAAAUCUAAGGCUUAUUCCAGAUCUCAGACCCACUAUGUUUACUGAAUAUGGUUUCUGACUGGCCUGCUGCCUGAGUUUCAGGAGAAAAAAGCUAAACAUUAUUUUUAUGUGGGGGAAGAACUUAAAUGGGAUUAAAAUGAUUGGCUGAAAGGCUACCCUAGAAGUUGUCAAGCAGAAAAACAAUGAAAAUGUAUAAAGAUCUUGCUGUAAAUCCAGCCAUCACCAAACACUUGUAAGGAACUUGAACAACGAGAUAUUUUUCCUUCUGUUUCAUUGGUGAUAAAUAUACAGAGUUUCCUUAAGGAAAGAAGCAGAUGAAAAAGCAAUAGAAAUGAAAGCCCAUCAGUCAAGUUGUAUUACUGACUGAAAGACCAUAAGCACUAGGAAGAAGGCAACAUUCGCCAGCUACCUGGGGUAUGCUUUCAGACAACUUUUCCUAAAUUUUAAAGCACUUGCAUUCAGUGUGGUACGAUCUGUUUGUAAUAAUAAUCAUUGACUAUUGUUCUGCAACUUGGAUGUUGAUAGUGAAGCAGAGAACAAUUUAUCAUUGUUUAUUAUGAGUCACUAUGCACGCAACUAUGCUAAACAUGGCAAAAUGUAUUAAACGCUAGUCCACCUCUAUUUAUGAAAUAUUUACAUAAUUUAAUUUGCUUUUGUACAGUUUUAUGUAAAUAAAUUGCUUGUCAUUUUUGUCUCUGCAAAUUAAAAUAUAACAUGUUCAACUGGUGCCCAUUUGCCAGUUUACUUUCUUGGACAGUCUAUUCCAAAUUUACUGGAUUAAAUCACGUGCUAGUUUCAAUAUUUAAUGCCAUUUUGAAUGGCAAAGAUGACACUGCCUUAGUAACUGGCCACAGAUUCAGCUGCAGAAGCAGCUGAGCUUUUACCUGUCUUCAGAGUGAAAUUUGAUAGAGGCAAGGCUAUUGCCACCCAGGACAGCACACAGCUAUUUUCAUAGCAGAAAUAGAGUACUUGUCACUUGAACAGCUGUCUCUGAUUACUGCUCAAAAAGGUUUAUUUUGAAGAUGUGUUCAAAACCUUUCCUGCUAAGUGGAAUAACAAGCCUUUAGUAAAAGUCCAUGUAUUUCCAUUACAGAAUGACAACUUUCUUAUUAUCAACAAGGCUGCUAUUUUUUCCAAGAAGCUUAGAACUAUUAACAAAUCCUAAAAUGUCAGUGGAACGUCUAUACUGAGAAAAACAAAACAAUUAAUGCAGAAUUUCAGGGGGAAAAAAAGAGAAAUAAAAGCCUCCAGUUUUCUCUGGCUGUGAAUCAAAUUAUCCAUUUCAGCAUAACUGCAGAUCAAGAAUAAACCAUCCUCCAUAACAAGAAUCUAAGAAGAAAGAGUUUAUUCCUUAGCUGUCUGGAUUGCACAUAGCUUUUUUUGUCUUUGUUUGGUUGCUUGUUUAUCUUAAAAGAGGAAAAUCCAAAACAGCCAUUAAAUUGGAAAAUAAAUAAUACUUGAAAAAUG